AUGGCGUGUGUAGGGGAUGUUGCCGGGGUGGCCGCCUUCGCGAGCCGUUGGGGUGGGCGACUGCGCGCCGCCCUCGCCGCGGCCGCGGAGAAGAACCCGGCGAUUGGAGGCAUCACGACGGGUAGGGAGCUCUUCGCGGAGGUGGUGGAGCCCACCUUGCCUGCUGGCCUGCUACUUUCCGGACGGCUUGCCAAGCUCGUGAAGCGGAGUCGUAGACUUUUUUCAUCGGCCUACGGUAGUCCCUCCCUCCCAACUGCACCUCUUCAAUCGAACGACUCCGUGGGGGGGGUAGCGUCAUCGGUCGACGCAUUGGCGAUGGACAAAGCGCAAUGGAUAACCACCGAACAGAUGCUGCAGAGGAUGUCAGACAAUCUCAUCCGUACCGCGAUGGGCGGUGUGGAGUUUUUUUCCUUCAUACAGGAGAUGUAUGACUUUUUUUCAGACAUACCCAUACGGGAGGGAAAUGGAAAUAAUGAGUCGGAGCAGUUACUUGGAAGUAAAUUGGGGAAGAUGGAAGUUGAAUCCGAAGGAUUUGAUACCAUCUCGAUUCAGCAACGCUCGCAGCAGCCUUCGUUGUAUUUUAUACCCCAACACAAAGAUACACACCAGAGUGCUCACCUAAGACUCUCUCUUGGGUUGUCUAUCGGGACUCUUCGCGAGGUACUUUGUCUGGUGCAGUGCUGUGGUGAGUAUAUCUCAAGCGAACCGUGGAGGCACCUUAUGCGCAUGUUGCGCAAAGCCGUCACCACGGUCUCCAUGUCUUCUAUCGCGACUGCAGCGACAACUCCAUCCUUAGCUGGGGCGUGUGAUGAUAAGAAUCCGCAACAGGGCACCUUGUUGUCGAGCAAAACGAAAAACCCACUUCCCCCAACAGGGAUCAACGAUCGUAGCUCCAGAGCUGUAUCCGUAUCAUCUGUACAGCCCGAGUCAAUCGCAAACCUACCCGUUCUGUUGUCAUUGCCGCACACAGCCCAUACAGCUACCCUAGGGGACAUUGUGCAGCUUGCGUAUCGCAUCCUUGAGGUGAUCCAACAGAACUACAUCAACAACAUGCACACGGAUGAGCUCCGCGAACUCAUUCUUUGCGCGAGUGCCUUUAUUGCCCACAAUGUCAGGGGCGUCAAGAGCAAACAGCUGCAUAUUAACCUAAGUGCGGUACAAAUGAUAUGGUCUAUAGCAGAUUAUCUUGUCUCGGUUUCGAUGUCCUCGGAUUUUUCCGAUCCCGAUUCUCGACAAGACGGAAGUCGUAAAUUGAUGGAUGCUGCGCUUGACAACCCCGCUUCUGUCAUGGCGCAACACGACUGGGAUGUUCUUUCCUGUGUUCUCCUCUUACACCUGCAUGAUGAGGGGUGCAUGGACACCAGACAGGAGGUUCGCCAGAGCGCACAGAAAACGCUCUUUUCCAUUCUUCAAACCUACGGGGGAUAUUUUUCGGGAGACUGCUGGCAUUACGUGCUGCGGGAUAUGAUGGUACCACUGAUGGAUGUGGUUUUUGCCGCACAGAUGAAGUGUAUGAUCACAGGAGAUCCCUCCCUCUUCCUCCCUUCUGAAACCACCACUACCGUUGCAUUACAAGACGAGUCGCCAAACCGCGAUCGAAGCAUUGUGUGCGUGUCGCCGAAGCUAAAAGGGGAGGCAGGGUAUGCGGCGCUCCUCGACUCCCUCGAGGCCGAACCGCGGCAGAUCGAGGAGAUGCGUGUGAUCAUCACGGACUCUAUUGGACGGGUUCUUCUCAGCCACUAUAGCAACAUCCGCACCACCCUCCAGUCUCGCAACAAGGACGUCAACGCGUCGACGUGUUUCAACAAAUCACUCCUGUAUGAGGUGCUUUUCCAGUUUAUUUACUUUUGUGGGGAGUCUCGUGUGGUGGUGCGCGGCACUAGCGGUGUGGAUUCCGCCCUCUCAGCCAUUCGUGCACUGCACAGCUUAGUGGUGGAGCUGUUUGGUGGCGGCAGAGAUUUUGAUGAUGAUACCAUCCCCCUGGUGGGAACACGGUUGGCUUGGCAGGCACUGCAUGGCAUUUUUCUACGCGACGCGCGCACAAAGCACACCGCGAGGAAGCAGUGCACCGAUGCGGUGGUGUCAGAGCUACUUGGUUCCCUGUGCAAUACUUUCUGCAUGCAUCGAAGAAAGCUACGGCGGUCGCGCAGCGCUUAUCUCUUGAGCUCUUCUUCCGUGCAACGUGACUCGCCUUUGGAGGAAACCCACUGGACUAACCUGAAUUUCUUAUGGAAUCUGGGAAAAAAGACUUUUACAUUCCCUGCUGGUGAAGCAUCUCGGGCGAAAGAGUCAGCUCACAGUAACGCUGACGAUGCCGAGACGUAUUUUAAUGAGUUCCUGAACGUGCUUUCUGUGAGUACUACAUGUGAUGCGGUUUUAGAUUCCUACCACUAUCCAAGUAAGGUUCAGGUGGCACUUGUGGAAGUGUACAGCGGGAUGUGGCCGUACCUUGAGUUCAACGAGUGCUGCGCCGUGCUUGACACACUCGUUUGGCCGCAGUUCCCGCCAGAAACAAAGAUACACGAUUUGCUCAAGAGCUGGCUCCCUCACACGGCGUCAGCCAAAAAGGACAGCAAGGAGGCGGCGGUGACGGCCUCCUGCAGUCUUAAAGAUGUAUUACCCCCUGGUGCGCAUCCAAAUGUUCUCCUGCAGCUGCUGGAGUGGGUGCACGCGAUGGUCCUCUGUUGCCCCUUUCAGAUCGGCUGCCAUGAGAAGACGCUGACAGAGGGGACUCACCCACCUUCUUUCCCGAAACGUACCGCGAAGAAGGAGGAAGAGGACACGUUCUUGGAGAAAGUCUUUACGCGUUUUAUUAAAGUUAUUGGUGGUUUGCUGCAGCUACAGCACGUCUCGGAGGAGCGGCUGGCGCGGCAGGCUUCUGGGGGGUCCUUCCAUUUAUCGGGUGCAUUUUUCACUACCUGUCUGGAGCACUUACGGGUGGUGAUUCGGUCUGGUUUGCUUCCCCCCGGAGCUGAGAGGCGACUUGGCAACACUUCGACACGCCACAAUGGGGUCAUCGUCCUGGUGGAGCUCUACACGCAGCUGCUAUCUCUCGCCAGCACAAGGGCGGUGAGCUACGAUAGCGAGAUCUGCCUCACCUCCGAAAAGGUGCCGGAUUCUUUACGGGCGGCGAUCGACACGCUUGAUAGCCUCACGAAUACGCUGUGUGAGUUUGCGCAGCAACUGGUGGAGAACCUUGACGAUAUCAGCGGUGCCACGAAAAUUGCCGAGGUGCUUGUAAGGGCGAGCAUGACAACGUCGCCGUUGUUGAAGAACAUCGCGAAUCGGUGCCUGGUAACCCUUGACGACUGGUCUGCGGCUAUGAUGGAUUCAGUGCCUCCUACUAAGGGCAAUGGAAGUCGGGGCGGGGCGCAUGGCAGUGAUCCUGAUGGGCGCCUGGCGAAGGAGCCAACCCACGAAUGGGAUUCCUCCAAGGCAGACCUCUCUGACCAGCCAUCUUUGAAAUCCGAUCUUAGCAUAGAUGCUUCUAGAGGGAGGAAACGCUUCUGUGCGGUUGUCAGAGAUGCUAUCCACGCCCGUAGUCAGACCCUUAUGCAUCAGUAUCUGGUUGAGCCUCACAACACCAACACUUCCAGAUUGAUGCGGGAUCUCCUUCUUUCUAUUUGCCAGAGAUUCGAUGCACUGCCGCCGUUGAUAGCUUCGACUAUCGAGCGUGGUGGGAUGAGGGAGGAGAGUGCCUCUGAAGAAACAAAGACAGAGUGGUCCUACACUCGGGAAUUGCUUUCAGAUUUGGUAAAAAUCGUGGCGUACACCGAUGAGCGCGAAUCCCGCACGCACGAUGCUGUGCUUCAAGAAAAGGAGCUACGUCGGGCGCUGUCAGAUGCCUUGCUCAGCGUACAUCGCGUGCUUGGCAUAAUCUAA